UUUAUUUGUAGUUCAGCCAGCUGUCAGCAGUUUCCUAAAUGUGAGUUGAAAGUUUUCAGGUUGCAAAUCAAAUUUUGUUUUUAAAACGUAGUGGAUAAAUUCUCGUUGGUUUUACUUUCUUGGUUUUUGAUUUUCUGAAACACAAUCUUAACAGUAAACAUUGUAGUUUGUGGAUACCACAUAAUGGACGAGCUACGAGCAUAUUUUAGUCAUCCUUGCCCGUCUUCUCAAGUCAAGAGACUCGUCGGGCCUCUGACCGGCGGUUUCCGAAUAACAAAGGAGGAUACUUUGAAUGAGUAUAAUAGAAAAGAGGAACACCGCCGUACUCAAGCCCUCAGCGGCACGGACUAUGCUAGAGAAGUUAAGGAGAAAGAAACUGCGACAUACUUGAAGAAUGAAACAGAACGCGAGCAGUGGCAGAGUGUUUCAGGUGGAUUGGAAUCUUUAGAGCACUUGUCAACAUGGGGAGUCUCUUUACAGAACUUUGCAGAACUUACAGAAGAUGCCAUGACAGAAGUAUACAGUAAAUAUUCCUUCCAGAGGAAAGAGGAAACAAAUAACCUAGCUAUUAAUGAAUACAAGCAAGAGAUUCUUGAUAGAAUCAGAGCCUACCCAGUGGUCAUCGUAGAAGGUCCAACUGGUUGUGGUAAGACAACCCAGGUUCCCCAGUGGAUCCUUGACGAUUGUUAUCAGAGUAGAAGGUCGUGCAAGAUCAUAGUGACCCAACCGAGGAGAAUUGCUGCAAUAUCCAUUGCCAAGAGGGUGGCCCAGGAAAGAGGAUGGGAUGUUGGAGGCCUUGUUGGUUAUCAGGUGGGACUAGAGAACAGAACAACAACAGACACACGCAUUCACUAUGUCACCACAGGCAUCUUGCUGCAGAAAUUGGUGGCUGCCAAGAACAUGAAUGAGUACACACAUAUAAUACUUGAUGAAGUACAUGAGCGCGGGCAAGAGAUGGAUUUUCUCUUACUUGUUGUCAAGAAACUGCUUUACACCGUGUCACCUGGAGUGAAAGUGGUCCUUAUGUCAGCUACGUUUGACCGUGAAGCAUUUGCUAAUUACUUCCUCAUACCGACCCCUAGAGGUCACCUUAUGUCUUCAUGCAUCAAAGUUGUGAAAAAUGAACCAAUGUUCACAGUGAAGACAUUUUAUCUCAAUCAUCUGAAUAAGUUUGGAUCGAUACUUCAAAUGGCAACACCAAAAAAUAAUGAGCCUGGAAUUGCCCCAGAGAUGCACCAACUUGUGGUAAAAUUGCUGCAUGCAUUUGAACUCAUAGACAAAAAUGAGGAUAAUUAUGAAGACCGUGAUGAAGCAGAUUUGCCUUCUGUUCUCAUCUUUUUGCCUGGUAUCAAUGAGAUUGAGGAUCUGUAUGCGUGUUUGACUGACUUAAGUUUGAGACAAAAACUAACAGACGCAGAGAGCGCAAAAUACAAGUGGUGGGUCCUGCCUUUACAUUCGACGAUCACUGCCGAAGAACAAGUGCGAGUGUUUCAGCGAGCGCCGCCGGGACAUCGCAAGAUCAUAUUGGCUACCAAUAUCGCUGAAAGUUCCAUCACCGUGCCCGAUAUUAAAUAUGUUGUGGACUACUGCCUGGUGAAGAUGCUGAUAGCGGACGAACAGACCAGCUUCACGUCGCUACAACUGCAAUGGGCCUCGAAGACUAACUGCGAGCAACGCGCAGGUCGAGCCGGCAGAGUUAGAGAUGGCAGAGUCUACCGGCUUGUCACUGAUAAGUUUUAUAACAGUCUCAGCCAAGACUGUCCCCCGGAGAUAGUCCGCUGUCCCCUGGAGAGGCUGGUGCUCCUGUCGAAGAUGCUGGACAUGGGCCCGCCCAGCGACGUGCUGGCGCUCGCCAUGGACCCCCCGGACAUGGCCAACAUACACCGCACCAUCCUCGUGCUUAAAGAGAUCGGCGCCUUAAAGAAGACCUUGGACGACGAUUGGUGCACAUCGGAUGGCGAUAUCACGUACUUGGGCCGCGUCUGCGCCAAACUGCCGCUUGAUGUUAAAGUCUCCAAGCUUAUUGUCCUAGGGCAUAUUUACGGCUGUCUUGAGGAGAGCAUUAUUAUGGCCGCGGCGAUGUCUGUGAAGAACAUAUUCAGCAGCCCUUUUCGCGAGAGACUGAACGCCUAUAAUUCAAAGCUGACAUGGGCUGACGGCUCCAUGAGCGAUUGUAUAGCUUUCUUGAAUGUUUAUAAGGUGUGGAAUCACCUGCGCAAGCAGAAAUACUUCAAGCAGCAUGGAAACGACGAAGCACAAUGGGCGCGUCGUUUCUACGUCCAAGUUAGAGCUAUGAAGGAACUGGACGACUUAGUGAGGGAACUGCGGAUGAGAUUGUCUAGAGAAGGCAUCGAGCCACUGAAGGGGAACUCGCCGUGGGACAAACACGAGAUUUCUUUAGUACUGAAGGUGAUCGUAGCAGGCGCGUUCUAUCCGCAGUACUUCGUGCAAGUAUCUUCAGACGAAGACAGAGAGCGCAACGCCGUGAAAAUGUUAGGCGGACUCGAUCCGAGAAACACGGUGUACCUGAAAGAUUUCCCCAACCAGCAGCCGGGCGACGUUUACACGUCGGCCAUUAAGAGGGCUGUGAGGCAGCAGAUCGGGGACGAGCCGCGUGUUACAUUUGAUAGGAACAGCAGGAAAGUAUUCCUCACAUUCUCGGAUAAUCAAAGUUCUAAGAACGAUACGAAUAGUGGUGAUCCCACAAUUCCCGGUCAAGUAUUGUUGCCAGUGUAUAAAGCGAUCAAGGCUAGGCAAUUGAGGAUGGAUAUCAGGAUACCAUUGCUCCCGUUCGAGAAGGCGAACGCAUUGCACGCUAUGUUAGAAGCCAGCAAGAACUCGCAGGACUUAGACACAAUGGUCCCAAAACUACCGGAAUUGGAUGAAACUUACUUCCCGCUCAAGAUAUCACAUCUUUACAACGUGGGAAAGUUCUGGGUGCAAUACGACGAUGAAUCGACUAAGGCGGAGCUACAAAAGAUACAUUUUGAAUUAAACCAAAUGAAGUUGCUCGCUUACACUGGUAAUAUAUGUCCGGGUGAUAUGUUUGCUGCACCUUACGUGGACUCCAACGGGACUUCCAUGAAUAGAGCUAGGAUACUGAGGAUUUUGCCCAGAGACAUGCUUGAGGUCCUGUACAUAGACUACGGCAGCUUCGGGCGCGUGAACCGCUGCAACGUGUACGCGCUGCCGGCGGGCGCGCGCGCGCGCUGCCCGCUGGCCAUGCCGUGCGCGCUGGCCGCGCUGGCGCCGUCGCCGCUGCUGGAGCCGCACGCGCAGUGGACCAAGGCCGCGCUCAUGAGCUUCCAACGACUCUGCGGACGGGGGCAAUUGCUUGGGAAGGUAUACUCCGUGACUCAUGGCGUUGUAUCCAUCGAACUUCUGGCCGAAGGUGGGAAGGUCAGCAUCAACAAGGAACUGCUGAAGGCAGGGUAUGCCAUUCCAUGUGAAGAGAGCUAUGACUCCAAGAUCAAUCACGACCUCCGUGAAAUGGCGACAGAACUAGACAUGAAGCAAAAGCGGGCGUAUAACAAGGAACAGACUGAACUGGCGUUCUACCAACUGCGAGAAAUCGAACUUCCCGCUGCCAAAGACUGCAACUCCGAAGUGGUUCUCAAGGGGCCUUACACGCCAUUAGAGACAACACUACACAACUUGAUGUACGCCAGCCGCGAGAAAAUGGUGCAAGUCGAGUGGAACUCCGUCAAUUCAGUUCUCCUGGACACAGACCCGCAAGAAGUAUACGAGAGAUUGGUGGUAGCGGCUAACGUGGGUCAGAACCAAACCUCCAGCAAGUUGACUCUGAGACACACCACUCUGAUGCCAAACAUACCGGGUCUGCCAGCUAUCAUUGCACUUCUGUUUUGUCCAGUUGCGGAGUUACGACGCGAUGCAGAAGCCACGCGCUACGUGAGCGUGCUGUGCGGGCUGGGCAGCGGCGAGGACGCCACGCCGUACUUCCCCGAGCACGACCUGCUGCUCAACAUCGACGCCGACCUCACGGUGGAGGACAUCGGCCUGAUCAACCACAUUCGCCACCUGAUGGACUACAUGAUGUACUGCGGCGACGGCCAGGAGCAGCCCACCGCCGACGACGAGUUCCGCCCGCAAGUGCCCGCCGUCAUCCGCAAGGAUCUCAUGAAUUUGCUAAUGAAACGUCGUAAACACCGCGAGCCGCAAACUGUAGUGAACGCGUGGGAGUGGCGUUCCGUACAAGAGGAGGAACUGUUGGAGAUUACUGAGCCCGAUAUGGUGGAGAGAGCGGUGGUGUUCCCGCUUCACACCCCACAGGAACUCCGUCCUGUGUCGCACGAGCGGCUGCUGGCCUUGAAGCAGGAGAACGAUCAGCUCAAGAUGUUGGUCAGCAGGACGGCAAUAUCAUCGAGCACGGACUUCACAUGCAAGCUGUGCGGCACGGUGCCCAUGCCGACACAUGCCAUGCGCAUUCAUCUACAUUCCAACGCGCACAAAGAGAAAGAAGAAGACUUCAAAAUGUUCCAAUCUUAAAUAACACGUUCUCUUUUUAAUUUUGUUAUAUUUACUUUUCUAUGUGAUCUGACUUAAGUACCUACCUACUGCAUUCAAAGUGCAGAUUUAUUUUUGUUUAUUAUGAGGGCUUUUAUAAAGACCCUGCUUAAAUCUUUAUUCGUGUUACCCCUAUAAUAGACUCAUCUUGUAUAUUCAUUAAUCAUAUUUUAUUGAUAUAGUUUUGAUUGAUAUCAUUUAGAUAAGAACUAAAUUAGUUUUAUAUUGAAAUUAUAGCUAAGAAACUAUAUGUUUACAAGUAAACUGUAAACUAUCGCAACCUUAUUUCCUUUUCUUACCUAUUAGUUAAUCAGAUUGAAAUUUGAAUAUAGAUCGAAAAAUUACCAUUUCAACUCUUUCUUACUAUUGAAGCACUUCUGUCAGUGCACAACAGUAAUGGUCAAAAAUAAUGUUAACUAAAAAAACGUACUUGUGUAUUGUUCUAUAAAAAUAAUUAGCGUAAUAAAGAGUAAGAAAGGUCCAACUUUCAAGGAGAUUAUUGACUAAGAUAUUAGAAUCAAGAAAUAAAAGGAACUGAUAUUUUUGUUUAAAUUAAGACACGAUCAAAGCAUAAUGUGGAUAAUUUUCCAUAAUGCAGAUAAAUGUAAUAUUUUACCGAAAAAUACAUUGCUAUUAUAAUGAUUGCAGCUAUAGACUGUAGCUAUUUUCAUCAUUAAGGAACUCAUAUAAUGCGGAAUGAUAUUCGUUCCAUUCAUUGUAUAGAAUUCUUCACGAUUACUUUUAAAACAUAGCUUUUAAAAAUGUUCCUUUAAAUUACUUUUAUUGGUUUGACAAGUCGGAAUAUUUUAUUAAGCAUAAAAAUUUCUGCUCUUUGUGAGAAAUUACAGUAAACGGCAAAUGUUGCCUUCCAAUACACUGAGUUAGCGAUAUAAUGAAUAAGUCUGUAUCGCGACAUAAUAAGACUACUAUAUUUACUUUUGUCAUAUUUCGAGUCUUUAUUAACCUUUUUGCCACUUCAGUAUUUGAUGUCACGAUUCAAGGCAAUAUGUCGUUUACUCAAUCUAUUUGUAAGAAACAUCUGUUGUUAUUUUCCUAGGAUGUACAGUACACUCAAACUUAUGUCUAUAAAUAAAAUAGACUAUAGUCAAAUAAAAAUAAAUGAUUAGUUUUAGAAUGAGCAGUUGUCAUUCGUGUUUUUUGUUGGUUAAUAAACAAGAUAAAUAUU